CUUCUCCAAAAAGCACCUGCCACUUGGUGGUAGGAGCCAGCCCUACCACCGCACCCACUUCCCGGGACCCGCACCUCAGCAGCGCCUCCGCAUCACACCCCCAGAGCUCGCCCAGCCUUGCACAGCGCCCUCCUCCCCCGCACGCCGUAACUCCCUCCCUGCGCAUCGCUUGUACUCUCGCCACGCCGCCGCCCGCCACUGCAGCACCAAGGGGAGAAGGAGGCGGAGGAGGACCGCAGCGUGGCAGCCCGGAGCCACUUUCCUGCCCCUCCUCUCGCCGCCGACUCGCUCAAAGGAGUCACCACUGCGCGUGCUGCAAGAGAGAGUGGCAGAGCGAGGCGGCCCCGGGCAGCCAGCAGAGGGGUGCCCGCGCGCGGCGAAGGCUGCAGUGCAGACACCGCUCAGGGCAGGGGUCCCCGCGGCUGGAACGCUCUGUUCUGAGCCAAAGGUGAACUAGCGAACACCCCGUGGACACUUCCCUGUACCUCGGCCAUCAGCUGAGACAAGAUGGAAGACUCCUACAAGGACAGGACUUCACUGGUGAAGGGUGCCAAGGACAUUGCCAAAGAGGUGAAGAAGCAAACAGUGAAGAAGGUGAACCAGGCAGUGGAUCGGGCCCAGGAUGGAUACACCCAGCGGUCCUACAGUCGGUUCCAGGAUGAAGAUGACGAUGAGGACUACUACCCGCCUGGAGAAACCUACAGUGGGGAGGCCAAUGAUGAUGAAGGCUCAAGCGAAGCCACUGAGGGUCAUGAUGAAGAGGAUGAGAUCUAUGAAGGGGAGUAUCAGGGCAUCCCCAGCAUGAACCAAGGGAAGGACAGCAUAGUGUCUGUGGGCCAGCCCAAACGAGAUGAGUACAAGGACCGCAGAGAGCUGGAGUCAGAGAGGAGGGCUGAUGAGGAAGAGCUGGCUCAGCAGUAUGAGCUGAUAAUCCAGGAGUGUGGCCAUGGGCGUUUCCAGUGGGCCCUUUUCUUCGUCCUGGGCAUGGCUCUCAUGGCGGAUGGUGUGGAGGUGUUCGUGGUGGGCUUCGUGCUACCCAGUGCAGAGACAGACCUCUGCAUACCAAAUUCAGGAUCCGGAUGGCUAGGCAGCAUAGUGUACCUCGGGAUGAUGGUGGGGGCGUUCUUCUGGGGAGGACUGGCAGACAAAGUGGGAAGGAAACAGUCUCUCCUGAUUUGCAUGUCUGUCAACGGAUUCUUUGCCUUCCUUUCUUCAUUUGUCCAAGGCUAUGGCUUCUUUCUCCUCUGUCGCCUGCUUUCUGGAUUCGGGAUUGGAGGCGCCAUUCCGACCGUGUUCUCCUACUUUGCUGAAGUCCUAGCCCGGGAGAAGCGGGGUGAGCACCUCAGUUGGCUCUGCAUGUUCUGGAUGAUUGGCGGAAUCUACGCUUCGGCCAUGGCCUGGGCCAUCAUCCCGCACUAUGGGUGGAGCUUCAGCAUGGGCUCAGCCUACCAGUUCCACAGCUGGCGCGUCUUCGUCAUCGUCUGUGCGCUCCCCUGCGUCUGCUCUGUGGUUGCACUCACCUUCAUGCCGGAAAGCCCUCGGUUCUUGCUGGAGGUGGGAAAGCAUGAUGAAGCCUGGAUGAUUCUGAAGCUUAUUCAUGACACCAACAUGAGAGCUCGGGGCCAGCCAGAGAAGGUCUUCACGGUGAAUAAAAUCAAAACUCCCAAACAAAUAGAUGAGCUGAUUGAGAUUGAGAGUGAUACGGGGACGUGGUAUAGGAGGUGUUUUGUUCGCAUCCGCACAGAACUGUACGGAAUUUGGUUGACUUUUAUGAGAUGCUUCAACUAUCCAGUCAGGGAAAACACAAUAAAGCUCACGAUUGUUUGGUUCACCCUGUCCUUUGGGUACUAUGGAUUGUCUGUUUGGUUCCCUGAUGUCAUCAAACAUCUGCAGUCAGACCAGUAUGCCCUGCUAACGAAAAAUGUGCAAAAAGAUAAAUACACAAACUUCAGUAUUAACUUUACCAUGGAAAACCAGAUCCACACUGGGAUGGAGUACGACAAUGGCAGAUUCCUCGGAGUCAAGUUCAAGUCUGUAACUUUCAAAGAUUCAGUUUUUAAGUCGUGCACCUUUGACGAUGUGACCUCAGUCAACACCUACUUCAAGAACUGCACAUUCAUUGAUACCCUUUUUGAGAACACAGAUUUUGAGCCAUAUAAAUUCAUCGACAGUGAAUUUCAAAACUGCUCGUUUCUUCACAACAAGACAGGAUGCCAAAUUACUUUUGACGAUGACUAUAGUGCCUACUGGAUAUAUUUUGUCAACUUUCUCGGGACAUUGGCAGUGUUGCCAGGAAAUAUUGUGUCUGCUCUCCUGAUGGACAGAAUCGGGCGCUUGACAAUGCUAGGUGGCUCCAUGGUGCUCUCAGGGAUAAGCUGCUUCUUCCUGUGGUUUGGCACCAGUGAGUCCAUGAUGAUAGGUAUGCUGUGUCUAUACAAUGGACUGACCAUCUCAGCGUGGAAUUCCCUUGAUGUAGUCACGGUGGAACUGUACCCUACAGACCGGAGAGCAACAGGCUUCGGCUUCUUGAAUGCACUCUGUAAAGCUGCGACCGUGCUGGGGAACCUAAUAUUUGGCUCCUUGGUCAGCAUUACCAAAGCAAUCCCCAUCCUGCUGGCUUCCACCGUACUCGUGUGUGGAGGACUCGUGGGGCUGCGCCUGCCGGACACACGAACCCAGGUUCUGAUGUGACAGAACAAAAGCCAUCUCCUUCUCCCACUGUGGGUCGGUCCUCCUGACUCGAGACUGCAGAGGUUCUUGUGUGUGUGUGUGUGUGUGUGUGUGUGUGUGUGUGUGUGUGUGUGUGCGUGUGCGUGUGCAUGUGCGUGUGUGUGUGGAAAGGCGGCCGAGCAUCAGAACACAAACUUUUGCCGUGACUUAAAGUGUAGCUGCAUAUCGUUUUACCCCUCCAACGUGACUUUGUGCCGUUUUGGUUUUCCGGGCAUUGUUAUCUUUUUCUAACCGUGAUACUCCUGCCUCCCUGUACCCCGUGGAAGUGUUUCUAAAAUGUCCCAGUCAGCCAGGCUUUCCUGGGGAUUCUGUUCACCGACACUGAGCAGCUAAAAAAGCCUGUGCUGGUGUAAGAAAUAGACCCCGCCCCUGAUGCGUCAUUAACAGGAAGUUUAAGUUGGCAUAAUUGAGUUUGUGCUGAGGAAAGGGAUUUCUUUCUUUCUUUUUUUUUUUCAUAGAGUGAUAUUUCCUGUUUACUUAGAAAAAAAAGGACUCCCAGCCACUCUAGCUGUUACAGCAGGGUGUUUCAAGAAAAUUGUGUGACACCAAGCACGUUUGGCAGAAGCCAGAUUUUAGACGGAAAACCGAAUACAUGAGAGGGCAGCCGUCACAGUGUCUGGGACUGUGACAGGUGGAUAGCAGUGUUUGAAGAUCAGAGAUCCUCUGCCUCUCCUUGCAUUCCCUCGCAAGCUGCCCCGGAAUUGGCCAGAUAGCAGAUUCAGGGAAAGAAAGCCACUUCUUAAAAAGCAGCAUCUGCCUCUUCAAUUCUGCUACACUUUUCCCUUCUCCGGUCUAGCAAUUGGCAGUGGAAAUUAGAAACUGGUAAGAAAAUCACAACCAAAGCCAUUUACAAAUGCAAAAGGAUGUUUCUCUCAAUAACUGUUUCUUGAGGGUCAAAGCCAUGCACCCUCAUUUGGUCAACUCUGUACUGUCACUUUUUAGCUCCCAUCUCCACAGCCUGUCUUGUCCCUCCAGGUUCCUCCAGCUAUGGGCACCCAGCCUUGUUUCUGGUUUGCCUCUGAGCCCACCUUCUCUCCCAAGCAAGCAUCUGGCAGGCUGGACAGCAUCUCCUGGUGUGUGUCUGUCUGUUUUACCUCUGGAAUCUCCAUGAUCGUGGAAGGAGAGGUCAGCAGGACAUUCCCACGGGCCAGCUGUCAGCUAAAUGACCUUCUGGUCUCUCCCUGACUGCCCCUCCCCCAAGCCCGUCCUUUUACACAUCUUUGAAAUCUGAAGCCUCUUUGUAGAUUUGCAGCCUGUGAUAACAGCCAGCAUAAGUUCCAUAUUUAAACAACAUUCUUUUUUUAACUUCCCCUGUCUUGUUGGAGGGUGACCCUUAUUGCUUAUUUUUUGCUGUUUCUGCAUGAUCACAGCCCUGGGGCUUCCAGAAAAAGGAAACUUUUGUUUCCACUAACCAUUCUGUUCAAAGAUGUAACUGCUCCCUGGAGCCCCGCCCCCUCCUCUACCACAUUCCCCAUCCCUCCUGGAGCUCAAAUUCUGUGAAAAGCUCUUUGAUUAACAUAAACCAUUAAUCCACUGCUCCAGCAAGUAAUUCAGGCUUGGUAGAGGGGACAACCUAGAGUUAAGUCGGGAAUCGGCAGAGAGUAGUUCCCUAGAGAUAAUAUAGAUACUCAGAGCCAGGACAUCGAGGCUAUCAGAGCAAAAUCUGCAGACAGAGGUGACUGGAGAAAGGAAAAUCUUUAAGACUAGGCAUGAUUAACUUGAAAGAUGCCAACAAAGCAGGGACCAGAGCAGAACUCACUUCUGUUUCCUUUCACCUCCCUGGGAAACAAACCCGUAUUUAAAAUAACUAAGAGAGAAUCUUUCACGUUAUUCAUUUUCCAUGUGGGUUCGUUUCCACCUCCUAUUUACCCGUGAUUUGUCUUCUUUUUAAAAAUAAAGAAGGCAUGUGGGGCCCAGAGCAGAUCUUUUGGUUGAAUGUGGUGUGUAAAGAAAAUGCUGCAAAAAUAAGGUAUGAAUCGCUAUCUCCCCAUACAAAGGGAAACCCGACAUAGUCAAGGACAUUGUUUUCUCUGCUCUUGAGUGGUAGUGAGCUUACUGGAUAAUCUUUAGUCUCAAAUUGUCUGUUCUCUGUCUCAUAGUCGGACUGCACCAAUUACAUUCCAAACUGCAAGACAUAGCUAUUCAGAAUUUUAUCUGGAUGCUGGGUUGGGUUGGCAGGGAUAACUCAACAGAACCCUACUUUGUAAGAUCAUCUGCCAUCUAGCCCCUUCAUCUACCCCAGGCUUCCCAGGUGCCCAAGGGGGAUCUCUUCUAACCUCCUAGACAAUCAGCGGUCACAAACCUUCUUGGCCACCACCUUUCCCACCUCCCAUGAUUUUCCCUCAGCCUUUUCAUUGGGCAUCACCUUCAUUGCCCAUGGCAAUGUCCCAGUUGCUUCCCAAGUAUGUGGUGCGGCCUGCUUGGGUUAAUUAGAGAUUAAGAUAUAACCAUGAGAUUCAACAGAAGCCCCAGUUGCUUGAGUGUUAAAGGCCUUGGCACCUGGGCAGUCAUCUAUUCCAUUCCAUAUACAGCAAAAGGAAAUUAAAAGCUGAUUCAAAAAUUAAAGAAAACAGCCCCAUUUGCACCUGUAUCUGGGACUCUGUUUCUAACGAAGAUUUCCCCCGUUGCUCUUCAGUAUCAGUCCAGAAUGCUCCCAAGUUUUACUAUCUUCUCAAUAGGAAAGGAAACAAAACAAAUGAUGGCAAAGUAGCUUCUCUCAACUGUGACUUCUAUAAGAUGCCCCACUCUACAUAAUUGGGUCUGAAAGGCUCACCUUCCUGAUCCAUCUUACACCAAGACAGAUCACCAAUGGGUUCUCAGAGGCACAAGCUCCACAACCAGGCAGAGAUCUUUCUGGGGCAAAUGCACUUGGUCUUAGCCCAAAGGCCAAGAAUUAAGUCACUGGUCAUAUCGGCCCUCAGUUUUCCCAUCUGUAGAGAAAAAGGAUGACACUAUUUUAUUCUCCAAGAUACCUUGGGACUACAAUGAGAGUUGCUUCAUCUUCUCUGUCUUCCGCUGAUGGGAAGCCUACCUUCAUGACAUAUUGAAAAUGAGACAAUAACCAAGUCUAUAAGCAGAUCAGGAGGUGGCUUGGGAAGACCUCAUACAAUGAGCUAGAAGAGUUUUCAUGUUGCCUGUGCUGCCCAUGCCUAGGGAUUUUAAGUAUAUCUCAGUUCAGAACCACUGGGGCUGCCAUUGCUCUACCCCUGGAAGACACUGCUGUUAGAAGACAGUCUGGUGGAGGCAGACCCACAAAGGCUGUAUCCUCUACACCCCUGCCCAUCUAAUUCAUUGUUUUCUUGAAAUUACCUUUAAUGGGUCUAGGCCAUGGGAAACAACGUUCCUCAGUGACUUCACAUAAAUUGGUAGAUGGAUCCUCAUUUACAAAUCUCACCAAUCAGAACUCAAGUUUGCACCAAAAACUUAUUUGCUUUCAGAAUAUCUUGGGACACCGAGAGAGGGGUAGUGGAAGAGAUGUGGUGGUGAAGAGAGAGUCCAGUGUUCCAUUGAUAAUGUUCCAGCAAUGGGAUUAGUGCACCUGGGAGACAUUCUAAACUCUAGAAUCAAUUCCAGAUCAUUCCGUGGGAACACUUCCUGACAUCUUCUGCCAACCAAAAUAGAAUAUGAUAUUCCCCAGUUUGUUUCUAUCUUAUAUCAGGAGGCUUGUGCCUAUUUCUUCAUCAAGAUGCCUUAUUUGUUCAUAUACAAAAGGCUCCAAAGCCAGGAAUGCCUGGAUUUAUCCUUCAUCUGGAAUUGUCGACAACUGACAUAUUGUUUGGAGCCUAAUGGCUACAUAUCAGGUUUCUUUUAAAUCCCAUGUUGUGCCAAACUUAGACUAGUUACCAACCACCCUCCCCCCAAUAAAAAAGGUCAUGCUGAGACAACAAAAGGGCAUUGACACAGUAGAGUGUUCUGGAGGUGGCCCAUGUGUUUCUUGGUGUUUUUCUUCUGCUGAGCAAAGUGUCUAUUUUAGGUAAAAUGUCUCUUGUAAUCUAACAAAAGGAAGUUGUCAGGCUCUUAGAUGCAUUGUGUGUCCUUCACCGUUUCAGGAAACUGGCGAUUCUCCAUGUACUGUUCUGUCGCUUUCACUGUUGACCAUUCCCCUGUCAACAACCUCUCACCAACCACACGCAAAGCAUUUGCUGGGGCUUCCUUUCAUUUACUCAGCGCCCAGAUGCAGUUUAGUCAUCCCAGCAUUUGGAGUCACAGGGUACCCAGUCCGUGGGUCUGCUCAGGUCAGUGGAGCUGGGUAGAGGAGGGAGUUGGGUAGAUAAGCCAGUCUCUCCUUUCAUGAAAUUGGAGGCUAAGUACUGGCCUACGAUUGUGCUAGGUAUUCAGGCACUGGGCUCCAUGCAGAAACUUAACCCUCUGCAGUAUUUCUUUGAGAACAGGGAGAGCCAGGGGAAUGAAUGAGAGGACAAUCUUAUAAUCCUCUCAUGGUGCCUGUUAGGCCUGUCAAUGUCUUUAGUCUCCAAGUUUUAAACAAGUUGUGACCUACAAUAGGUAGUACAAGAACUAUGCAGUGACGGGGCAACCUGUGACAGAAGUUAAUCUUCUUAGUCAGGCUGUCUUUGUGGGAGGGGGUACUGAACAGUCCUUGAAUCAAGACACAUUCAAGCACAUGUUUCUUCACAUGGUCUCAACAGGAAAUUGCACUAAGAUGCUGUUACAAAGAGAGCCGACAGCAGAGAGAGCCCAUGCCUUUCUAGAGAUGCUCAUUUCUCCAUAGCUGUUCCUUACAGGGCGCUAGGAAGUAUGUUCCCCACUGGGCAUGCUAGAGCUCCCUCUCCAGGCCCUCAGCAAGCCCUGGAACCUGACAGCUGAUCUCUGGCCUCUCCUCCAACCCUCCCAGGAGGCGUUUCCUUUCUAAUGUCAGUCGCACUUCCCCUUUUCUAGCCUCAGCAGAUAAGUCACCCAGAAAACAGGUUGUGACAACAGGAGGCCAGGGAGGCUGCAGGUUACAUUUUGAAAUGGAGUGUGGCAUUGUUCUGAAGCUUCUAGAGCCUUCUAGGAGUCAGGGCAAAGAGAGAGUGUAGUCACUGGACCUCUGAGCACCGUGGUACCUUUUCCCCUCACCAACUCUGUCCAUGUCCUCCAGGCAGCUCAGAUUCACUUCCUUCCUUCAUUAAUGUCCUCCUUCCUUCUUCUUGUCCCCUCUUGACUGUAGCAGUUAACGAAAGUAAAGGCAAAAGCUGGGCACAUCUUUAAUGCCAGCACUCGGGAGGCAGAGGCAGGUGGAUCUCAGAGUUGCACAGGGCUACACAGAGAAACCCUGUCUCAAAAAAACAAAAAAGAGGCACCAGAAUUCAGGAAUGGAUGUGUUCUUGAGCAAGCAAUGUACACAUCCUUACCUUUAUGGAGCACAGAGGAUGGAGAACCUAGGGGAAUGUGAAUUAAGUGACCUGGUGCCCUGUGGGUCCCUGUAAAGAUUCGGGUUUGUGAUGUCCUCCUAGCCCCACACCCUGAUAAGGUUAGCAUAGAAUCAGAGUGGCCUGUUCCUGAACAGAACACAUGCUUGGCUUUCAAAAGGAGCACUCCUCACCAGGAACAUGGCAUUUUUGAGAUAUAGACGGCACAUGGCCAUCUGUGUGAGUCCUACUCAGCACCGAAGGUCAGAUGCUUAAACUACAAAGGUUGCCCGUCCUCUGCACCCGAACAUAGUUGCAUGUCCCCUAGAGCCAAGAACAUUGAGAACUAAAAAGAGGCAACAGCCUUCAGCCUUUGGUUCAAACUCAGAUAAGUUUUUAUGCUAUACUAAAAGCCUUCCUGUAGUGCCCUAAGCAGCUUCCAGGAGCUCUGAGAAGGACUAGCCAGCCAGAACAUAAGGGAUGGUGUCAUCUAAAUGCAGCUAUGGCUGGGAACAGGCCCAACCCAGUUCUAUAGAGGCAGUUGUUUAGUUGUUUAAGCUUCAGAAAUUUCAGGAAAGCCAUCAAGAAACAUAGCCAUCAUUAAAAGUUAAAUACAAUGAAAUCAGUUACAUUUUAAAACAAUAUAUAUAUAUAUAUUCAGAACUCAUCACUUUCUACUUAUUUUGCUAGAUUUUUGUAUUAGUCAUGCCCUUGAGGUAAUAUAUACCUAGCAUAUCUCUCUUAUGGAAAUACUGUGUAAUGGUUUCCUAUUGGACACAUAUUUUCAAUGACAAGGUCAAUGCCAUUUUACUGAGCUCCUCCACAGUGGUAACAUUUAUAGUAAGAAAGUAACAAAUGCCACAGAUUAGACUCCUCCCACCUCUACAUUUACCAGCAUAUCACUAUCUGAAGCUCUGAAGAAUAUUUGGCUCCUUGUCACUCAGCAGUAGCAUGCUUUGCACAGGGCAAGGAGGUUGGGCAUUCCAACAUUCAGACCCAGACCAGGUGAAAUUGAAUGUCCCCUUGGGCUUGUGAGUCAGCAUUCCAUUACCCAUAAGUCCACAGGAAGGCAAGAUUUAGCAAGUACUCAUGUCAGUACUCAAAGGUGUCCUUCCACAUUCUUAUUGGCUCAGAACAGGACCGACCAUGCAGAGAACCCCCGGGCCUCUGGGUGUUGUUCUUUCAGGAAAAAUUGCAGUAAAUUAGCUGUUUCACGCACCUUCCAAAAUGUGGUCAUGUAUUCUCUGCCUGACCCAGGAACACACUGAACAGACGUCUAAAAAGGAAGUCCCUACAAGAGGUUUUUCCAGGUACUCAUCCACCCUGGCUGCCCGCUCAGCCUACAACUCCACCCUGCCUUCGGCAAUGAGAUCCUGGCAGUGGUCCUGUCCUUGGUUUGAGUGUAUGAGUGUUUUGGCUUUCUAUUCUUUCCCUUUUCUCUUUUCAGUACUGUGUCUGCUGUCCCGCUGUUUGGUCCAGCCCCCCCCCCCCCCCGUUGUACUGUAUAUAUGUGCUGCAUGUGUGAAACCUCAGUAACUCCUAUUUCAGGUUUCUGGAGUCCCCUUCUCCAGUUCAGCUGAUCCUGCUAUGAACUCAUCUUUCUGGUAUGCUCCUCUGUGUCUCAUUUCCGAUUGCCAAGAUGUUGGGCCAAGUGUAUUUUCACAAAUGUUCCAAGACAGCCAUGUGUGUGUAUCCUUGUGAAAGGGCAUGCUCUGUGCGGGAUGGCUCGUGUACAGUGUAAAUCUAUCACAUGUGGAAGUGUGUAUACAUUUAUAUGCCAGAUAGCUAUCAUUCAUGUAACAGCUACAAAGAUAUUUAAUGUACAUCAGAUUAAUAAAAGAGCAUUUUUUGCUCCAUUAUAUUCAAA